AGUAAAUUAUUAGUUUAGAUAUUUUGUUAUGAUAAAAAAAUUAUCUGUGCCACAUACCAAUAUUUUUUCUGGAUCCGCCCCUGUCUGUAAAACAUGUAAGAAGCAUUAAAGUUACUGGGAUGGCGACAUCGACAUGACAUAUUAACAGUAAAAUCGACAUUUGUAGUUAGCAACAGAGAAAAGGAAUAUCUGAACGCACAAGGAAUCUUCCUUCAUUUUGAACUUUUAAAAACAAUCUCGUAGUGCGAUCAAAGGCAUCCCGGUAAGCAAAUAUUUAAAUAAAAAAGGAAUUUCCUACAAAUUUUCCUCUAUAAAUUCUUCAAUACCCAAAACUAAAGUUUUCAUAGUUGAACUUACAACAAUACAAGUGAGAAAAACAGUAAUAAGAACAAAGAAAAAUGAGGGCGAUACCAAAAGUAGAAAUAUGGAAGUCACCAAUACCAUACCUCUUUGGUGGUUUGUUUUUGCUUAUUUUGCUUAUAGCUUUAGCAUUACUCUCAUUGGUCUGCACAAACAAAAAGACUCCUUCGUCUUCAUCUUCUUCUAAUGACACCAAUCCUGUGGGCGAAGAGGACGACACCGGAGACAACAAAUCUAAGAUUGUUAUGGUGGAGUACUUACCUAAGAUCGUAGUGAUUUUGGCCGGAGAGGAUAAACCUAGUUGCUUGGCCGUUCCGGUGAUUCCUCCACCGUCUUCCAUUUAUCCUUGUAACUGUGGCAAUGUUACUGUCGUCUCAACCUAACUCAUUUACGUCUCUUUUUUCUUUUGCCAGAACAAAGAAUAAGAGAUUUCAACUUUUGUAAUAAUCAUCGGCAAUUUUGUAGUAGUCGACUGUUUUUGAUGGGUGGUAGACUGGUAGUCUGGUAGUAUAGAUAAAUUUUUGUUUAAUGCUUUCUUAUGAACUGCAAAAGUUUUGUUUAAUCUUGAGAUUACUAUCGAAUAUAUUUGGAAUAGCCUAUGAAUUAUAUAUCUCUUUAAUACGAUGUUAAAACUUUAGAAUA